CGGCGGCCCGUGAGGGUCAGUACGAGGCCGGCGACUCCGCCGGGUGAAUUGCUGGCAGGUGGUGCCGAGGUCUACGUGCCUGAGCUCAGCCCGCGGGGCGGCGUGACCCCUGCGGCGCCGGGACCCGGCCCGCGUCCUGCUCCCGGGUGCGGACGGCGUGGCCCUUUCUUCCCUCGGAGCGGACGGAGAGGAGCCCGCGGGAUGGCGGCGCCGUCCAUGAAGGAGAGGCAGGCGUGCUGGGGCGCCCGGGACGAGUACUGGAAGUGCCUGGACGAGCACGAGGACGCCGGCCCGUGCCAGACGCUGCGACGCUCCUUCGAAGCCAGCUGCCCCCAGCAGUGGAUAAAAUAUUUUGACAAAAGAAGAGACUACUUAAAAUUUAAAGAAAAAUUUGAAGCCGGACAGUUCCAGCCUUCAAACACCACAGCCAAGUCGUAGGCUGUUCCCGGCCUCCCCGAAAGGCGGACUCUUCUUUCCGGACAUUUCCACGUGCUCCAUGGACUAGGGCAGCUCAAGUCAUGGUAAACAUCAGCACUUCUGCACAUGUGACUUUUAAUAAUGAAAAUGAUCAGACAGCGGAGAACUGAAAUAGUGGUAUGAGACAUGCUCAGUUUUAAUUUAGUAAGAAAUCUAUUUUAAGAAUUAAAGCCUGUUAUGAAAAUA